CUAGGCAAGUAAGGCUCCAUGCGGCAUAUCCACACGGAGACGUCCCUGCCCCCGGAGCACGGCACGGACCCCAGCCUGUCCCGGCCCAGUGGAGAGGCGCCCUUGGAGCCUUCCUCGCAGCGCUGCACCCACCAUGGCAUCCUCAUGGGCUACAACGAGACAGAGAUCAAGCGCCAGAAGGUUUACCAGGUCUCCAUCUUCUCGCAUCUCUCCAGCUCCUCUGAGAGCACGGAGCAGCGGGCAGGCAGCUGGCCAGCUGUCAAGAGGGGUUAUCCCGAGCAGCGAACUCCGGAGGGGGGGCGAGAUCCCAAACGAACUCACUGGGGUGGUGGUGGGGUGGACUGCAAGCACGACGGAGGCCUUGGGCAGGCCUCCCUGGAUGAUGAUGAUACCUUUGAGGAUGGUCUACUGGUGGAGGAGCUAUCCCUGUGCGGCUCUGCUCAGCACUUCUCCCACAGCGGGCUGCGGGUGGUGGAGCACCGGUGUGAAGGCGGCCCUAGCCACAGCCCCAAGGCCAGCAGAGAGGACAGGUCGCAGGAUGUCUCCUCCUCCUCCUGGGCCCAGCACAUUGCUUGCAGUACUUUGCACAUGAGAGACGGUUGCCCUGUCUCAUCGGGGAAUCAGCCCACAGACUACGGGGAGAAUGGGGAGCAGGCAAGUGGCCACAACUUACUUCACCGUGAUUUGCACAAUAUUGCACAAACAGCCCAGUUGGACUCUAGUGGGAAGAGAGAGAAGCCAGGGAGCAGCCCAGCUCACAGCAGCAGGGCUAGUGGAGAAGAGGAAUGGCCAGUGGUGGCCAACGGGUGCAAGGAGCCCCUAGCUCCACAGACAGCGCUCAGCCCCGAGCCCAGCAACCUGAGCUCUCUGGAGAAGACACCCUGUGGGAGCAGCCAGCUCGGCAGCAGCAGCUGCCCGGCCAAAAGGAAGCUGCUGCCUGCUGGUGAGGUUGUGGCCGACUCCUGCUCUGAGGAUGAGAGCCUGUCCCCGCCGGCAAGGAAGAAGAGGGUCCUGCCAUGCCAUCCAGUGCCCACGGCCUGCCGCAGCACUGAUGCCAAGGCGGCCCCGUUCUGGAAUCACCUGCUUCCCACAGCCAAGAGGUCUGCGGAUUGCACUGCGGUCGGGAGGAGGCUGAAAAGCGGGCUGCGCCUCAAAUCGCGACAUCUCCGGAGCAGCCUCCGGAGGGGUACGAGGUCCUCCACAGCACCCUGGGCCACCACCACCAUCAGCCAUGCUCUGCUGGGCAACUUUGAGGAGUCCAUCCUGAAAGGGCGCUUUGCACCGUCAGGGAGGAUUGAGGGGUUCACGGCAGAGAUUGGUGCCAGCGGCUCCUACUGCCCCCAGCACGCUACCCUGCCCGUUGACGUCACCUAUUUCGACAUCUCCGAACAUAACGCGCCCUCGCCUUUCCUGGGAGUGAUUGACUUGGAGGCCUUGGGAAAGAAGGGUUACAGUGUCCCCAAAGCUGGAACCAUCCAAGUGACCUUAUUUAACCCCAACAAGACUGUGGUGAAGAUGUUCUUGGUGACGUACGACUUCCAGGACAUGCCAGCCAACCACAUGACUUUCCUACGCCAUCGCAUCUUCCUGGUGCCCGUGGGGGAGGAGGAAGGGGCCACCGUGGGCCCCAGUGACCCAUCAGGCUCCGGCCCACCUCGCAGGGUCCUCUGCUACCUGAUGCACCUAAGGUUUCACAGCUCCAAGUCGGGGAAGAUCUACCUUCACGAUGACAUCCGGCUGCUUUUCUCCCGCAAGUCGAUCGAGGUUGACUCGGGGAUCCCCUAUGAACUGAAAUCCUUCACGGAGAUGCCAAGAAACCCUUGCUACUCGCCCUGGCCCUGACCUUCUCCAUCCCACAGGGCCAACAGGGAGCUUCCAGCCCAGCACUUUGGGGAGAGAUGAGUAAAGGGCCAGCAAGCAAGCACCACCUUGAAGUAUUGCCCCUC